CCGGCGUGCUUUCCCCUCCUCUUGCGCUCUCAUGUUAAUGGCGGGUGGCGUCUGCUGAGGGGGACGCAAAUAACCGCUACCGGCAAGGGAAAGUCUCCUUGCCUGCCCCACUUCCAUUCUCCGCAAGCAUUCGAGCUCGCCAGCAUGUCCGUGGUGCCGCCUAAUCGCUCACAAACCGGCUGGCCCCGGGGAGUCAACCAGUUCGGCAACAAGUACAUUCAGCAGACUAAGCCCCUCACCCUGGAGCGCACCAUCAACCUGUACCCUCUUACCAAUUAUACUUUUGGUACAAAAGAGCCCCUCUAUGAGAAGGACAGCUCUGUUGCAGCCAGAUUUCAGCGCAUGAGGGAGGAAUUUGAUAAAAUUGGAAUGAGAAGGACUGUAGAAGGGGUUCUGAUUGUACAUGAGCACCGGCUACCACAUGUGUUACUGCUACAGCUGGGAACAACUUUCUUCAAAUUACCUGGUGGUGAACUUAACCCAGGAGAAGAUGAAGUUGAAGGACUAAAACGCUUAAUGACAGAGAUACUGGGUCGUCAAGAUGGUGUCCUGCAAGACUGGGUCAUUGAUGACUGCAUUGGUAACUGGUGGAGACCAAAUUUUGAACCUCCUCAGUACCCGUAUAUUCCUGCACAUAUUACAAAACCUAAGGAACAUAAGAAGUUGUUUUUGGUUCAACUUCAAGAGAAAGCUUUGUUUGCAGUCCCUAAAAAUUACAAGCUUGUAGCUGCACCAUUGUUUGAAUUGUAUGACAAUGCACCAGGAUAUGGACCUAUCAUUUCUAGUCUCCCUCAGCUUCUGAGCAGGUUCAAUUUUAUAUACAACUGAAUUCCUGCACAGUGGAGAAGUAAAAGAAGCCGUCUCUGUGAGCACAGCUAUACACAGUGUAGAAUAAAUAUGGUAGAAAAGUUUUUUUUGGGUUUUCUCUCUUUCCCAAUCCCUAAAUUGCUGCCUACUUUCUGUUGUUUGAAUAGUAAAGUUAAUAUGAAGAACUAGAUGGUGGUGUAAACAAAUGUGAUAAUGUUUAAUUUUGGUUCUACUCAUACUUUUUUGUACAACAUUAAAGAAUAUGAACUUCUUUCUAUUUGCAUUUUUUUUUCUUUUUUUAAUUUUCACAUUAAACUUGUAAAAUUCUUACAGGUGAGGACUGUUUUUUUUCCCCUGCUCCGAGGGUGGUGAUGUUGAGACAAUGGCAGGUUUAGGUUAGUCGAGUAUGUGGGACCCUUGUUCUGAUACCAUUUUGGGGAAUAUAUUCUAGAUAUAUUCUAGAUAUAUCUAUGUUCUAGAUUUUUGUGAUGAGGAACUUCUGUUACUUUUGGGAACUAGAUUGCUUGAUGGAGUCCUGAGAUGCAAUUCCUGAACCAAAUAAUACACUUUGAGUUGUACUCCCAGUAUGUUACUAACUGGUACAUUUCAUACUGAUAUAUUCAGACCUUUGUUCACAAGCAACAGACCUUGAACAUAUGGGAAGCCAUUAAAAUUGGCUAGGUUAGGGAAACUCAUGGGAAUUGUUAUAAAAAGAGACCUACUGAGAGCUGACUGAGACUUUUUCCCUUCGUAUAAUGGGUGUAUUAUUUGUGUUGUUGUGAAAUUGUGUGUUUUAGUUAUUCUUAGGGCCGUGGUAAAAUGGUGAUCUGUGAAGGAAGUUUUUAAAAAUGGGUCUGUUAGGUUUUGACUCUUGGAUUACAAAGUUAGUUAUUUCAGUUGAUACCUAUAGAAAUGAAAAUUUGUUUUUAGCAAUGACAAGCCUUGUCAAAAAUAUUUUGGGGUAAUUUGAAUCUACUGAAAUCUAAAGACAGGAUAGGGGAUAGAUUUUGUCAGCCUACAGGAAAAAUACCAGUUUAAAGUUCUUUAAAAUAACAACUGCUAAAUUAGGAACAGGUUUUGGGGAAUAAAAAACGAUUCUUAGGGCAAAGGAUUGUGCAGGCUGUGUCAUUGCUUAAUGGUCCAAGUAUGUUGUGCAUGCCUUACAACAAGUGUGACGACUGCAGGCUUAAUGAACAGGAGGACAUCUUGUAAGAUGCAGCUACUUAAAGAAGAGAGAUUGCUGUAGUUUAUAAGAGAUAGAGUGAACUUUUGAUUAGUUCUUACAUCUUUAUGAUAACCAAUCACAGGCCUUUUCUCCUGAAUUUUGGAUGAGUUGAAAGGUAUAUUAUAAAUUCUUCCCUAUUUAGACUUGAGAAAAUCAGACAAAGAACAACUGUAUCAAUAAAAAUUCUAGUUUAUUUAGCUGAGGUCCCAUGAAGCCUUUACAAGGUUGUGUCAAGUAGUGACUGUGGUCGUGCUCAUGCUUAGUAGUAGGUGAGCAACAGGACCUAAUUCAUGAAUUCCUAUACAUGAAAUAAUUCAUGAAUUCCUUUGAAAAAGCCACCGAUACUGUGUAGAGUCCUCUUCCCUCAGGCACUAAUAGUUCUACCCCUGUGAUUUAUAUCAGCACAUUUGUAACUUACCAUAAUUUUACUGGUGAGUUCACUGACUAGCUGAGCCUUAUCAAAACUGGGGAAGGCAGAGAUGAAAACAGCUUGAUCCAGCCCACCUUCUGUGGUUGCUUCUGGCAUCCAAGUGAAAGGCUGUAGUAACCACAUUUCAGAUGUGCUAGUGCUUGCCACUUGGGGAAGGUGGAAAGUGAUGGACUUUUUCUUGGUGUUAUUAUAAAAUGCUGUAUUAUUUGAAGAGAUCGGAUUUGAAGCUACCCAUGUCCUUUGUAACAUAAGCUUUGACCUAGAAAUGAUUUCCUGAUCACUACUUCACAGUAUAAGUGCUUGAGUCAGUCAUCUAUAUGUUGGGGCCUAGGUGAGAAAAACCUUUGAUUUAAGCUGACUUGGUUACUAACUUAGAAUGUAAAAAGAUCUAGUGUUGAAUGUAAAAUUGGCAACACACAAACACAAAUUUUUUAAACUGUCUUUGAACUGGUCAGCUGCAAUUGUAUCUUAAUACUUUCAUGUUUUAGAUUUCCUGAUGGAAAUAGUAGAACUAGGGAAAUUUAAAUAUGAUAUAUUCUACAACAUUAGAAGAAGGUACAAGGGAAUGUUUACCAUUAAGCUCUUUUUGUGUAAAUUCUUAACAUACUUUAAAAACUAAGUCUUAAAUUGUGCAUUCCAAUUCUCUGUAUAUUAAAUACUGAAUAAUUUUUAAAUGAGCUCUUGGUGGACUGAUUUGUAUUUUUGAAUGCUUCCUGUAUUCCAGGUUUGUUUAUUAAUAAGAGUCCUCUUUUGCAUUAUAUAAGUACAAUAUAUGUCAUGUUAUUUUCCCUGAGUAAUCUAAGUAGUGCAUAUUCUCUAUAAAUCUACUAAAUGGCACUAGAAAAUAUUUAGUAGGUUGGUGAGUAGAAGUUUUACUCAGAUGUUUUCAGUCAUAUUUAGAAUUGACAUCCCUUUGAAGAAAAGUGAAAUUUGUUUUUUCCUAAAUGAUGAAGACUAUUAUGAUUUUUUAAUAAGCAGAUGAUACUUAAAAUGGCAUUACGAUAACUGUUUAUGAAUUUAUACUUUCAACAGCAGAUCAGGGAGAUUUCUUAUUUUUUAUCACUGCCUUAGCUUACAAGGUUCAGUUAUUUUAUUUUAUUAUGGGUUCCAUUAAAUUAGCAUUUAUUGGCAUAUGAAAAUAUAGUCAAAUUACCAGUCUGUUUUCUUCCAUGCUGAACUAAAGUGAGAGGUAGAGGUCCUCUAAAUUCAACAUGCCAGCAAGCAAGCAACUUAAAUUUCAUUUCUUAAAUGAUAUGACUCUUAAGGUCUCAGGUUUUUAAUGACUUUAUUUUUUAAGUACUUGCUCAUUCACUUGAGAUGAAAUGCUUGGAGUAGCUUUCCACCUCAGAGUUCCUCAGACUUAUUGUUUUCACUGGUUCAUAGUGUUCGGACAGUAUGUGCUGUUCACUAAGACUGCUUCAGAGGGCAUGCGGUGUUUAUGUUGCUUCGCCAGAGAAGUCUUAGUGGUUUUUGACGGUACAAGUCUGCUUCCUUAGCAAGGGUUUGAUUUCCUAUAAUUAUUCCACUUGUUUUACAUCAUUUAUUCUUUGGGUUAAACUAGACUCAUUUCAAGUAGUUUGCCUUUGUUGUUCAGAUGUGAUGAAAAACACAAUACUGUAAUUUGACUUGAGCCAUAAGACACAUUUUAAUAUUAGCUCGUAUUUAUCAAGCUUUGUGAAG